AGAUGAACAAACAGGCUGGUAGGGAAAAACUGGAGGAACUGCUGGGUGAUGACUUGCAGGUUUGUCAGGAUGCCCCGCCUCUAACUGUCAAGACCUGACAGCUUCAGGGGGCGGAGACUGAUGAUAUAUAGAGAGGAGCGUGGAGGUGAAACUGCAGAGAGCUGGAAGACGACUCAUCCUAACCACACACCUUCAUCAGACUGCAGUCAUGUCCUCAGAUCAGAUCCAGGCGGCGCUGGGUCGACCUUUCGCCUUGGGGAUGCUUUAUGACGCUCGCAAAGAGAAACUGAUCACAGAUUUUACACUGUGGGAUGGAGACAAAAUUCAAAGCAACAAAGUGAGGCAGUCUCAGAAGAGCAGCACGUAUGAAAUCACUGCAUCCGACUCCAUUCAGUCCAAGUCAUCUCUGCUGGAUCUUAGUGCGUCUCUCAGUGCCAGUUUCAUGGGAGGAUUGAUUGAAGUCGGAGGAUCAGCCAGCUACCUGAAUGAUAACAAGAAGUUCAAGAAUCAGAGCAGAGUAACUCUACAGUACAAAGCCACAACAGCGUAUGAACGUCUGAAUGUGACUCAACUUGCCGCUCCAAACACGCAGAUCCAAGAUGCCAUCAAGAACAGCCGAGCAACACAUGUGGUCACCGGCAUCCUUUACGGUGCAAACGCUUUCUUUGUGUUCGACAGUAAGAAGAUGGAUUCCAGCGAUGUGCAAAAGAUUGAUGGAAGCAUGCAAGCUCUCAUCAAGAAGAUCCCAAACGCUACCAUAGAUGGAAAAGUCGACAUCAAGCUGAGUGAGGAGGAGAAAGACGUGACCAAUAAAUUCUCCUGUAAAUUCUACGGUGACUUCAUUCUUAAAAGCAACCCUACAACAUUUGAAGAUGCAGUGAAGACCUACGAGAGGCUUCCAACACUUCUCGGAAAAAAUGCAGAGAACACGGUUCCUGUUAAAGUCUGGCUGACUCCUCUGAAGAACCUGGAUAAAUCCAAUGAAGAACUGAAGGCAGACAUUUCUGUCAGUUUAGUGAGGAAAGCAGAGAAUGCUCUUGAUGACAUGAGGGAGAUAGAAAUGAGAUGCAAUGAUGCUCUGGAUGAGAAUGUGGUGACAAAAUUCCCACCAAUGCAGAGAAAGUUGAGAAAUUUUCUAAAUCUCUGUGAAGAUUACACAAAAACACUCAAACGCACCAUGGAGGAGAAGAUUACAGCCAUUCGUGAAGGAAAAGAAGAUGAAGGAUCAGUGCAUAAAGUCUUUGAAGAUUUGGAGAAGUCUCCAUUCAGUCAGAAGAACUUGUACAAGUGGCUUGAUAAUGUGCAGAGAGAAAUCAACGUCCUGACUUCCUGUGUGAACAUCAUGGAGGGAAUCAAGAUCGUCUCAGAUAAAUCAGAGUUGGACAGAGAGGUUUUUGCUCCAGGUGUAGAAGAUUCUCUCUGCUUUGUCUUCACCUCUCUGGAAACUGAAGAUCCAUACUUGAAGCAGAUGGACAAACAUCUGAGCUGUCAUGAAACAAAAAAGUCUACCAGUGUGACUCCACCCUCAAAAGAUCUCUGGUUCUUCAAUGAACAAAUCUUCACUGAUAUGAGACAGAAAGCCAAAGAGUUCAACUCUACUUUCAAAAACCUGAAGAGCAGCAAGAAGUAUAGCUUUGUCAUAGCUGCUUUACCAAACCAGAAACAUGAUGGAGCAACCAUCUACCAUUACAGAGGCGGAUGUCUGAAAACAGAAGACUUCUCCAAACCAGUUCCAAAUGUGAGAUCGGUGACAGACCGACGGGAGCUGUUGUGGCACUUCUGCAAUCUCAGCUUGGACGAGAACACAGCCUACAACUACAUCAAGAUAGACAACAGAACUGCUGUCCGUUGUGGUCACAUGUCGUAUCCUGAUCAUCCAGACAGAUUUGAUGUGGCUCCUCAGAUUCUCUGCAAAGAGGAGCUGUCAGGGCGCCAUUACUGGGAGGUAGAGUGGAAUACUAGUUUGGAGAGUCAUGCUGGUGUUGCUGUUGCUUGUAAACGUAUACCCAGGAAGGGAAAAGACGACAGAAAUGAGUUUGGAUGGAAUGACAUGUCUUGGUACUUCGGUAAAGACAGACACAAACUUGUUUGUGUGCACAAUAGUCACAGGCCUGUACUGCGCGACUUCACUAAGGAGGCAAAAAUCGGGGUGUUUCUGGAUGUGCCAGGACAAACCCUGUCUUUCUAUGAUGUCUUUGGCAACAAUCUGAGUCUCCUUCAUGUUUUUAAGGACACAUUCCCACCACCACUUCUUGCAGGAAUGUGGAUCGAUAAUUUCUACUUGAAACUUUCCACCAUUGACAACGAGUAGUAGAGUGUAAACACUCAGAUUUCUGCUCUCCUUGUGUCUCUAACACAAUUCAGCAGAAAGUUUGAUUCCUUUCGGAAACACUUAUAGAGUCAAGACUUAACGUCCAUAACUCCAAUUUAUUACUACAGAAAUUUCUCUAAAACAGAGUAAAACUGAAACAGAAAAUAAUCUGUCAUUAGAACAGUAACAUUAAUAACAUUAGCUCACAUACAUAAGAAUAUACCUAUAGUAGACACAGUAUGAAGUGUAACCCACCAUUGUUCAAACAUCUAAUAGCCAACAAAUAUACAUUGCAGACAAUGAUGUUGAAAAACAUGAACAGAAAAGGCAAAAACAUUUACUUUCCAACAAGAGUAUUUUUUUCAGUUUUUCUGGUAAAAGUCUCCUAAAGUCCCACUCCAUUCUAGGACUUUCUGUAAAGCAGAAGAGGAACCCCCCCCCCCCAUUUGUGAAGCAGAGCAGGGAGCUUUUGACCCCCCCGCGUUUUAUUUUCUAAGCAACAAAUAUUGUCUUUUUCAAAAUAAUACUUUGUCUUUUCCUAAUUCAUAAUUAUUUGUGUUACAAAAUACUUAAACAUUGAGUUUUGUGCUUAACUUUCAAUAAUAGAAUUCAACAAUAUUACCACCAAAAAGUACUAAUUUCUUCAGCAUUUUUCC